UGGCAGAGGCCAUGUUGUGUUUGGACGGUGCUACGGCGCAUGCGCGCUUGUUCUGUGACAGGAGCGAGGUCAAGGGAAAGAUGGCGCUACCCUUAGGACCAUCCGGAGGUGUCUUCAACCUGCUGUUGAGGUGUUGGAUAAGAACAGAGGAGACUCUGCUCCGGGCUCUGGGUCUGCAGCCUUUCCAUCCAGCUUUAGCUAUUCAGUUUCCAGUAGCAAGUCCCAUUGAGGCAGGGGAGGACAGAUCUGACAAUGCUCCCAGUUUUCUGGAUAGCAUCUUUUGGAUGGCUGCACCUAAAACCAGGAGAACUAUUGAAGUAAAUCGCUGUCGACGAAGAAAUCCUAAUAAACUUAUAAAAGAAAAGAACAACAUUGAUCAAUGUCUCGAAUGUGGUCAUUUGAAACUGAAACAUGUGCUAUGUGGAUUUUGCUAUGAGAAGGUUCGACAUGAAACACAUCUUAUAAGGCAAGAAAUAAAAGCCAAAGAAGGCGGACCGUUCAAUUCUCCUACCGUGGAGUCAGUUGUCCUCUAUGAAGGCGAAAAGGCACAUUCAGGAGAUGAAGAAAAGAGGAUUAUUGAGAGAAAACGGAAACGGCCAUCUUGGUUUACCAAUGAAUUUUUUGCAUAAAUUGCACUUGAGUAUCCCAGAUGGCUGCAAGAUGACCUUAGUAGGCUGGGCUGUGAAAAUGUAAAGGCUCUGUGUUUGAGACUUUUUUUCCCUCCUUGUCAUUGCAAUUAGAAAGGAACCGGCAAAAAAGUGUUCUCUGUCCUGUUUUGUGUUGGAUGAAAGUUGAGGAUAUUAAAAAUUCAGUUUUGCAUA